AGGCUCUCCGUCACGUGCCGACUGUCACGUGGUGAUUUUCAAAGGGAGUGAUUUUGGUGUAAAUCUUUUCUAGACUGUAAUUCUAUAAAAUUUUAUUUGCGCUUGUUAAAUAUACUCUAAAACGCAAAUUAUGAGUUCCUUGUAUUAUGCUAACACAUUUUGUUCUCAGUACCAUGCCACGAAUCCAAUCUUUGUAAAUGGAGCCUUUCCCGAGCAAACUUCUUGCGUCUUGGCGUCUAGUUUACAGCGGACCAGCGCCAAUAGCACGAGCACUGCACCGUUUUUCACUCUCACUCCCUCGUUCUCAGCCCCUCUACCGGGCAUGGACACUAACAAUGACAGCCUUUCCACCCAGAGCCAGGGUAGGUACUCCUCAACGUAUAACCUGGGAGACAGCAGUUUGGACAUACACUGCUCGCCCAUACGGAAUCACAGGCUGACCAUUAUGUGUGCCGAUCCUUCCAGCUGUAGCAAGACAAACCAUCGUUACUGCCAUCAACAAAAGGACAACCUCAGGUUAUAUCCGUGGAUGAGAAGUACAGGUGCAGAAAGGAAGCGAGGCCGCCAGACGUACACGCACUAUCAGACUCUGGAGCUCGAGAAGGAAUUCCACUUCGACCGCUACCUGACGCGGCGACGGCGCGUGGAGAUAGCCCACGCUCUUCACCUCACCGAAAGACAAAUAAAAAUUUGGUUCCAGAACCGCCGUAUGAAGUUGAAAAAAGAGAAGAAGGCAAUGAGCUGUAGGUCUCCCAUUGCAGGACAUCCAGGAGAGGAGGAGGAAGAACAGGCAGGCAGAGAAUAAGAGCAAGGAAGCCUGAUACCACGCACAGCAUCUUUAAUCUUUUAAUACAUUUAAUUUACAAAAUGAAAUUUACUUACAUGUAAAAGUCCCUCUGUGUGUUACGUAGACUUAUAAAAGCACUAAAUAACCUAUGCAUUCGUUCUUUAAACAUUUUGUUAUAUGAGAAAUACUUAAACGUUGUAUUUUACUUAAAUGCUUUCGUAUUGUUUAAAAUAUUACUUUUGUCAGAAAGUUGUAAUAUUUAAAUUAUUUUUAUAGGCCCACUUCUUGUGCUGUUGCCUGGUUAGAUGUAUAUUCGUGGGUGUGUUGUUUGCUGCCAUUUAAGUUUUUUAUUUUAUUUUAUUAAAGAUAUGUACAGUGGACUGUAAGAUUGAUAAUUUUUUUAUGUAACAAGAAUAUGUGCCAAUAAAAGUGAAAAAAGAUUUUCCCUUUCA